AUGUCGCAGUAUAGACCCGAAGAGGACAACACGCUUGAUGUGAAGCUACACUUGGCGACAAGAUCUGGGGACUUUACUAUUCUGUUUGAGGAAAUGUUUCUGACCGCACUGCCCGGUAUCGUUUUCAUUCUCAGCACCCUAUUGCAAGUCCUCCACGCAAGUUUAUUCCGGCUACCCAAAAACGAGAGAAAACAGCCACCCCAUCGACCGCCCUCGCCCGUCAAAGCUGUGCUUCAUGCUCUACACAUUUGCCUUCGCGUGGCAUUCUUCUCCACCUGGAGAGCCUUGGUUAUUGCAAGAACCCGCGGCACAACUUUUGCGGGUGUUGUUUACCUCGUGUGCGCAGUGCUCUGUGCUGGCUUCUCCUUCCACACGCAGCGCUCACGUACGAGGCCUUGCAAUGUCUUGCUUGUGUACCUGUCCGCGUCUGUCAUCACGGACGCUGUGCGAGCAAGAACCCUGUGGAUGGUGCGGUCUUACUAUCAAGUCGCCCUUCCGGCCAUCCUGAUGGCGACAUUGUUGACCCAACUAAUUCUCCUGUUUGUUGAAGCGCAACGCCUUCCAACGGCUGGCGAACUCCACGAGGGCCACAAAUCGCCGCAGGACCUCAACAGCGUCUUCAGCCAACGUCUCUUCGCCUGGUUAACUCCGUUACUUAGGCAAGGCUACCGCCAUGCCCUUUCGAUGAACGACUUGUUUUACCUGGACAGUCGGAUGAGCCAGACACAUGUGAUGGCCAAGUUCAAUAAUGCUCUUGCGUCGGCCCAUGUUGAAGGUCGUCGUCCUCCCGACAACAACAGCAACAACAACAACAACAACAACAACAACAACAACAACAACAAGACAUUUUCCCUACCCAAGCUUCUCUUGUCAUCACUUACCUGGUCCUUUGUCAAACCCGUCUUGCCUCGAACCUUGCAAAUCCUCUUCGUCGUUUGCCAACCUCUUCUUCUCAAUGUUGUAACCACUUUUCUUUCCAGACACUCGUCGGAUCCGGCCGCACCCGACGAGCUCCGUGGUCCUAUUAUUGCGGCGUACGUUGCCGUCUAUGUCGGCAUCGCCAUCUCCACGGGAUGGUACUGGCAUUGGGUUGACCGAAGCAUAUUCCAGACGCGCGGUGUGCUUAUAGGAGCCAUUUUCCAAAAGGCCCUAUUCCUCGAUGCAGACAAGGCCACCACCACCAAGGGGCGGAUAAUCACGCUCGUGAGCGGUGACGUCGAGAAGGCCAUUGCCGGACUGGAAUCGUGCCACGAGCUUUGGGCCAACGCUUUGCAGGCCGCCAUCGCUCUAUGGCUGCUGUAUCGCAACCUGGGGGUUGUGUUUGUGAUCCCGUUGGCGGUGGCCGCGGUAGCCGGAACAGCUUCCUUCGGCAUCUCGAGGUUGUCACGAACGCGCCAGGCGCUGUGCAUGGCGGCCAUGGAGUCUCGACUCGAUGCAACUGCAGGCGUGCUACAGAACCUCAGGGCGCUACGCAUGACCGGCUGCUUGGAGGUUAUCGCCGCGCGCGUACAAGAAUGGCGUGACAAGGAGCUGUUCUUGUUGAAACAGUACCGGUGGAUGACGAUUGCCGCAGUUAUUGUUUCGUUCGUACCGAUGAUAUUGACCCCGGCCAUUACUUUCACAGUGAUUUAUGUGUCCGACAAGGCUUCAUUGGCCAAUCUUUCACGCGUUUUCGAAACCCUUGGGCUCCUUUCCCUCUUAUCGGAGCCUCUUAUCUAUCUCUAUCAGCUUGCUCCGUAUCUUGCCUUCUCCUUUGUUUGUCUUGGUCGGAUCGAAGACUUCCUUUCAGACCCGGGUUCUCGCGCAAAAGAGGAUCCACCCCGCCCUGUCUCCACUCCUAAAGCGCCUCGCCAUCAACGACUCUACGUGCGGAAUGGGCGGUUUGGGUGGGGACCAGCCGACGGGACGUUUACUGUCCGUAUUGACAACGUAACGCUCCAUCCCAACCAAUUUCUCGCCGUCGUUGGGCCACCUGGGUCUGGGAAAUCAACGUUUCUUCUUGGCCUUCUUGGCGAAACUGCUGUAUGUGAGGCGGAAGAGAUGGUGGUGGAGAGGGGUAGCCUUGCGUUCUGCUCGCAGACACCCUGGCUCCCCAACCAAAUGAUCUGUGACAUCAUUGUUGGAUCUCACGACUUUGAUGCUGAGUGGUAUACAACUGUUCUGAAUACCUGCGGGCUCGAGGCCGUAUUGAACACCUUGCCAUCAAAUGACAUGACUGCAACCAACGCGGCUGGAGUUCACCUGAGUUUAAGUCAGAAAAAGUCAAUUGCUUUGGCGCGAGCUGUCUAUUCGCAAAAGCCUAUACUACUACUAGACGACCCCCUCGCAGGGCUAGAUCAACAGUCCCGAGCUCUGGUUUCCUCUGCGUUGCUGGGACGGGACGGGUUACUCUGUAAGCGAGGCUGCAUCGUCAUUGUCACUUGCGCCACCGAUCAACUUUCGCAGCGUGCGGACCGUGUCAUCCAUCUCGGGAACACAGAUGAGGAUCAACUGCAUCGGGGCGAAACGGCGCCUCCAACCGCGCAGCACUUAUCCCGGCCGGGCGAGACUAAAACGCACCAGCCCAUCCGCAUCGAACAGGAGACGAAUCCCCAAGAAUCAGAAGCGGAAGAGGAAGCUAAAACACACAUUGAGAUGCUCAAGAUUGGAGAGUGGGUUAUCGGAAAGUUCUAUUUCCGCGCUGCCGGUUUGCAAUAUCUGAUCCCGUUUUUAACGGCCGCAAUUGCGUUCACUCUUGGGCAUCGCUUCACUGGUAAGUUUAGCUCCACACAUGUCCCCCUGCCUUAUGUUUUCCUCCUUUUUAUUAUUGAUCCUAGCUUACAAAACUUAAAAGACGUUGUUCUCAAACAAUGGUCUGAAAGCGAGGCCAUCCGAGACCACGACGGUGGCGAGUCCAAGGUUCACUUGGCGGAGUACUGGGGCCUCAGUGCAUUGGCCCUCGUCGGCUUGGCUGUUUCCACCUGGGUUCUUCUGCAAAGAUGUGUUCCAGUAGCCGGAUCAUCACUCCAUCAUCAGUUGUUGACGGCACUAUGUAAAGCUCCUUUCGGGAUCCUGACUAGGACGAGUAGUAACUCGAUUAUCAAUCGAUUUACCCAGGACUUCACCAUCAUUGAUGGCGAAUUGACAAGACACCUCAGCAACAUGGUGCAAGAACUAGCAUCGAUGUUGGCGCAACUGGGCUUCGUCAUGGCGGCAAACUAUUACUUUGUGAUUGUUGUUCUGGCAACGAUGAUCCUUCUUUGGCUAAUACAAAUGGUCUACCUUCGCACAGCUCGUCAGCUUCGUCUUCUUGAGCUAUCAUCUAGAGCAUAUCUUUGCUUGCACGUGAUAGAGACUCUGGACGGCCUUGUAACCAUCCGCGCCUUUAGGGCCCGGGAGAAAGCUGAGGAGGUGGCCAGCGGUCUAAUCGAAGGGACCCAACGACCAAUGUACCUUUUCUUCUGCCUGAAGCGAUGGCUCGCCCUUGUCUUGGACCUCUGCGUUGCUGCCAUAGCGGUCAUCAUCGUGGCAACGGCGAUGGCAACACGUGGCAGUACCGGGAGCGGGUUCAUAGCGGUAGCGCUAAUCAACGUCAUGAGCCUCAGCGUCACGAUGCGGAGCUUCACUAUGGCCUGGACAGAGUUGGGAUCAGCCAUGGGAUCACUUGUUCGCAUUAAGCACGCCAGCGAAGCGAUGUGGGCGCCUGAGUCUCGCAGCGUCUCAGACACAUCGCGGCAGGCCAUCCACGAAGAGAAAGUGGAGCACAACGGUGCAGCUGUGGAGUUUCGCGGAGUCACGGCCUCAUACGUUCAGGGAGGACCUGCUGUGCUGAAGGACUUUUCUCUCAUGGCCCGUGAUGGUCAGACGGUUGGUAUUUGUGGUGCCAGCGGCAGUGGCAAGUCAACUGUUUUACUAGCCCUACUGGGUCUACUACACAUCGAGAAAGGCUCCGUGCUCGUGGGCGGUAAGGACAUCCGGACACUUGACGACUGUGAGCUCCAUGCGCGCAUAGGAGUUGUACCGCAGGAGCCGCUAUUUCUUCCGGGCAGAACGGUUCGAGAUCACGUGGAUCCCAUGCAUCAGGCGACCGAUGAACAGAUCAAGGACAAGUUGCGCCAGGUAGGUCUGUGGGAGGGCCAAUUAGAUGAAGAGGGGAUUGAUAGCGACCUGUCGUCAGACUUCUUGUCCCGGCAUCAAACAGUACUGCUAAGCGUAGCAAGAGUGUUGCUACAGUCACCCAAAAUUAUACUCUUGGAUGAAGUGGUGGGAAGCGUUGAUGAAAGCAUAGAUGGUUUAAUUGCUUCGCUGAAAGAGGGAUCUGAUGAUUUGGUCGUUGUAGAGACAUCUCGUGUAUGUGAAGAUGAAACAAAGUAUGACUGUAUAGUUCAUCUUUAG